AGAGGCGGGGAGACGGACAUUUCGCGGGCUCCGGCGCGUUGCCACGGACAAAGAAAACCUGCCGAGCUUAUACGCGCGAUUAUCGGCCGCAGUCGAGAAUGAGAUCGAAGGCGACCCUGUUGAUACUAGGGACGGCGUGCCUCCUGCUGAGCCCGACCUUGCUCGAGGCCAAGAAGCACGCCGAUUUCGACGAGUACCGAGAAUGGGAGAGCUUCAAGGAGUUUCAAAAAUGGAAGGCCAAGAUGGAACGCCGAGACGAGGCGGACUCCCUCGAGGUCCAGAAAAUUGCGGACGAUAGACGCGUCGGAGAGGCGAUGUCCGCCCUGAACGAACCACGCAAGAUCAAAGUCCAAGAUCGCCCCAACGGGGAUCCUCCACCUAUCGACGACGCGGCUCUCAUGGGACGGUAUAUCGUUAAUCAGGCUGACUGGACAUCGGUGGCAACGAUUAGCAGCAGCAAAGAUAUUAAGUCGUUCCCCUUUGUCAAUAUUAUUUCCUUCAGCGACGGUCCACUGGGUAAUGGUUCAGGAGUCCCGUACAUGUUUCUAACGCCCUUAGACUUUACGGGUAAAGAUCUUGCCGAAGAUCGGAGAGUCACCUUAAUGAUGACGCUGGCACAAGGACAAUACUGUAAGAAAAAGGACUGGGACCCGAUGGACCCACGAUGCGCCAGAAUAGUAUUGACUGGCAAAGCAAGAACGGUUAAGAACGACAGUGCCGAGAUAGAAACUGCAAAGGAAGCUGUUUUUGGCCGUCACCCAUGGCUAGCUCACAUGCCAAAGGAUCAUCACUUCUUUUUUGCUACCUUGAAGAUAUACAAGAUCGCCGUUCUGGACACUUUCGGUGGACCAAAAUAUGUGUCCGUCAAAGAUUAUUUCCAUCCCCAAAUUCCUGAUAAAACUGCUGAUUAUUAUCAGCGAUUCCCGAUCGAGCGAAGAGAGCAUGAGAAUGAAAACCUAGACAAUAAUCUUAGGCCACGAGUAUAUUUUGUAUAAAAUAGUAAAUAUUUUUAAUGCGUCAGGAUUAUGCCAAGGCCUUCGAACAAGAUGAAAAUUGUAAAACGAAAUAUUUUUGUACCUUAUACAUAGUGAUAUAUUCAUAAUGUUGAUAACUUAGGGAAUUGAUAUACUAGUUCUUAUUCUCCAUAGAUAUACAAGGAAUGAAAAUGCACUAGAAUGUCCUAGUCAAUAACCUAUACAAUUUAUACUUCGAUAACUGUUAUCAUUCUUUAUACAAGUAAAUCUAGAUAAUUCCACAA